AUGCUACGAACACAAGCCGUAAAGCUCGCAAGAGGCUCUGCGGCUCCCUCAAUCCGUCGGUCGUUCUCCAUCACUGCCAUGCGAGCUUCCGAAGGAGAUACUGGUGGACUCAGAUCUGGUGGAUCUGCUGCUGGUGAUGCCUUCACCAGACGCGAGCAAGCCAGCGAAACCAAGUUCAUCCGAGAAAAAGAGAUGGAGAGCUUGAGAAAAUUGAAGGAGAAACUCGCUCAACAGCGGAAGCAUCUCGACGAACUGGAUGAGCAUAUUCAAGAGCUGGAGCGGGACGCUGGUGGUGAAGAUCCUCAACAUACCAAGGGCAACUAA